AUGGUUAUGGUGUUACUUCUUGCCAAGCUUAUCAGAAGGAUGUUGGUUUAAGGUCAAGUAUAGGAAUAACUGAAUCUCAGGGAACGUCUGGAACUCUCAGCGCUGUCGUGCGUGAUAAAAAAUCAGGACAAAUGGGCAUCCUUUCAUGUGAGCAUGUAUGUAAGUUUUGUGAAUCGAGUACUGGAAUAGGUACUGUAAUCCAUCAGCCUUCGCAUAAAGAUCUAGAUAAUUUGAUACAGUCAUUUGUUGAAUUGGAAGAUAAAAAUCUGGCAUUCAAAAAAAUUUCAGAAGAUUCACGUAAUAUGAUUAAUAAUGACAGGCAGAAUUUGGCUAUAACAUGCUAUGAAUGUGGUAUGCGAAGCAACUUCUUCUCUAAAGUACAUCAGAAGAACUUUGGCGUUGAUACUGCAUUUUGUAUUUUCAAUAACUUCAAUCAUAAAUUAUGCUCAAACCAAUUUGCAAUUUCCCAAGAUCUCUUCAAAAAGGCAAAUCUUCCUGGAAAUACCUAACUAAAUGGCUUUUAUACAUACGAAGAAUUUAAAAAUUUUGAUGAUGAAUUUGGUGUCUUUAAAGUAGGAAGAGCUACGGGCCUUACUCUUGGAAAAUAUCUUCUUAUUGACUCUGCUAUUUCCAUUGAUCUAACAAACGAAAGCAUAAAAUUUGCAAAAUUUGCAGAAGAGCAGGGAGAGCAAGGCCAAAUUCCUCUCCAUAAUAGCUAUCACAAAGAAAUAUUCAUCGGAUACAUGAAGUCACCAUUGAUCCAAGAAAUUGAUAAAAAGUGUCAGAAAUGUUAUCCUACCGUAUGGUUUGAUCAACAAUUAGUAUUUAAAUUCAAUUGUGAAGACUUUGAGCCUGAAGAUUCGGGAGCGAGUGUUGCAGACAAAAAAGGAAGAGCUCUUGGUAUCCUUCAUGCGGCAUGG